AGAACAAAGUGGCGGCAGCCCCAUGCUGGACAAGAAGAAGGAGCGGAAGGAGUUUCUGCAGCGGGAAUCUGAGUGGCUGGAGCUCAUGAAUGCGGAGCUGAACACCCAGAUGGAGGAGCUGAGGCGGGAGUGGCAGCAGCUCAUCCUGAUGCUCAGCCGGCAUCGCCCCACCUGCAUCGUCAGGAACUACAGCGUUAAGACCCCCGACUCAGAAGGCAGCCCACUGCUGGAGCAGCUGGAGAAGAAGUGACCAUGGGCUGGGAGCAGGAAGAGGAGGAGGAAGAGAUGAGGAGAGGGAGGAGG